CGCCAUAGCGGUCGCUAUGCAAUUCGCCAUGCGGGUUUAUGCAUUGUUUCCUCCUUCAUUUCACGGCACCUUCACGAUCACCAUGAAAGUUGAACAGAGUUCAACUUUUACACGGAUGAAGGAGCAAGGAAAUUUUUAGAAACCAUUACAAUUUUAUAAAUAUUUCCAUUUGCGAUUUCAAAAUUUUACAAAAUGACUACAAAAGUGAUAUCUGCGCCCAAAUCUCCACUGGAUCUGGAAGAAAAAUUAAUUCUUCUAGUUCAGCAACGUCCAGCACUGUACGACAAGAAGGAUCCUGCAUACAAAAAUAGAAACACUCGUGCGGUGAUGUGGGAGGAAAUUGGAAAGCUACUAGGAAAGACAGAGUUCGAUUGUCAACAACUGUGGACAAAAUUACGCAGCCAAUUCAGCGGAUUCCUGCGCAAAUUACGCAAUCCAAGUGGAAAAGAGGACAAGCCACGUCCCUUCUUCCGGCAUGAAGGAGCAAUGCGUUUCAUCCGUGACAUUGUUGACCCGGAUGAAAGUACCGUGUCCAAUCUCGUGACUGAAGAUGAUUCUUCGUUUGUGGAAAUGCAUGGACCGGGGUCGGAGAUCCAGAUUGAAGUGAUUGACGUGGAUAAGCUCCCCGAAGAUUUUGACCCACUCUCAAUUGAAGAGGAGACAACGACGACUUCUGUACUUGUACCACGGUCACAACCAGCUUUACCAUCGAAGAAACGAAAAUUGGACGCAUUUGACAAAGAGAUGCUGGAUUUGCUCAAAUCAAACGAUGAUGAACACGACAGCUUCGGAAAAAUGUUGGCCCCAAAACUGCGGAGAAUUGCAGAUUUAGACCGGAAAGUAUUUCUCAAUCUUCAGCGCAAAAUCAAUGAUGCAGUGCUUGAUGCAGAAAUAGAACUUCUUGCGUAAUUAUACAGCUUUAAGUCAUUAAAAUGUUUUUAAAUAAUUCUGGCUUGUUAUUCAAAAGUUGCAGUAAAUAAAUCCUUUGUUUUUCAUGAACGAGAUUUUAUUUGCAAAAAGCAUAUUAAAUUAGGCAUUUUAACAGAUAAAUUAUGAAAUUCUUGACAUUUGCCAUGAAACACUACCCUCAUUACUGUCAAAAUAUUCUAAAAAUCUGUCCCGUACAAGUAUAGCUUCUAGACGCCGGUUAUUGCUGCCUUGUUGCCGCAAAGAGAUCAUUCCCAUGUCCCCAGUGGUAGUCUCCCUCCAAUUUCCAGUGGUGUUCCCAUCAUCUGAAUCCGCCGUUAUCGUAUUCAUAUCUUGCUUAUCAAUAAGCAAAUUGUGGAGAAUUACUGCGGCAUGGAUUAAUAGAUUAACCAGGAUAGAGCCUGGUUAAGUCAAGUGAUGCAACUAUUGGCGUGUGAAAUAUCCUCCAUCUAGCAGCUAACAUCCCGAAUGCAUUCUCCGACACAUUUCUCGCUCGAGAAAGACGGUAAUUGUAAAUACGACGCUCCAGGGUGAGAAAUUUUCCUGGGAAUGGCUUCAUCAUGUAAGGCUUUAAAGCAAAAGCGUCAUCAGCCACGAUAACAUGGGGUUGGAGGUGAGGUCCAACUAUUUUUGGCUCUGGUAGCCCCAAUUUUCCAUUUUCAAGCCUCUUUCCUAUUUCCGAUCGUCCAAAUACGCCUCCAUCUGACUGCGAACCCGAGGCUCCAAUAUCCACAGCAGAAAAUUUGUAUUUAUGGUCGACAACAGCCAUGAGAACAAUGGAGAAGAAGCCUUUAUAAUUGUGGUAAGUGGACCCCGAAAAAUUUGGUGCUUGAAUUCUGCAGUGUUUCCCGUCUACAGCACCAACGCAAUUUGGAAAAUUCCACCGAGUUCGGAAGCCAAUCUCAUUGGUUAUCCAUUGAUCAGUUGUCGGUGGUGGUAGAUGAAUGUGGCCGAAUAUUUUCACUAUUGUUUGCAAAACUUCUCGUAGAAUCUUCGAAACUGAGGAAGGCGAGAUUCUAUAACUGAAGGAGAGAGAGAUUUGGGAAGCUCCGGUGGCAAGAAAUCUAGUAGAUAGAGGUCAUUUUCACUCAGCACUUAACUAUAUUUGAUAUCAAAUUAUUACCUUAAAGUUAUCCCAAGUUUCUCUUCGACAGAAAUAGGUCGGCUAUGGGUCAUUUUUCCUGUAAUUUCCCCAGUAAUCAGCAUCAAAAUCUCAUCAAAGUUUUCCAUAUUCAUCCUGUAAAAUGUAUUAAAAGUUUGAUAUAUUGAGAAACAACUUUGUAUAUGCAUUUUACCGGAAGUAACGGUGAUGAUAAUGAGGGUCUUCACGCAAUUCUUUCAUUAAAAUGCUGUCUCCCUGGUCCACUCGAUUCCAGAACAUAGGCCGGAUUGAAGCUCGCACUUUUCGCUUCAAUUUUCUUCGAAGUCUCCGGAGAAUGAAGAUUUUGGCAAUCAAACGUCGAUCGGGGGCCGGCAUAAUUGUUUUUGUGAGAUUAUGAAAUGGCUAUGAUUUUUUACGGGUUUUUACUUUCCCUUCGAUGACCGAUAGCUAAAACUAGCGUUGAGAGAAAGCGAUCGUAAAAACUACAGAAAGUGUAAACCCGUUAUGAAGGAAGGAACGCUAACGCUAUGGCGACGUUAUGUAACGAGGGGUUUAAGCAUGAACCAUACUUUACGAAAUACAAGUUCCUUGGUCCUUAUUGUUGCAGAAUCCAGUUAAAGUUGUUAUUUACCAGGUUGGCCGGCGAUGACACAAUAAAUUAACAUUCAAAUCACUCGUAAAAAUGAACGUGUCACCACCAUAUUUGUGUCCCCACCGUUCAUUGUUGAAAGAAAAUAGUGUACAUGCCUGAUGAAGAUGACUGUGGGUCACUGAAAGCUAGCAAUUUUUCAAUAAAUCAAGUAUUAUCCUCGAAAACCGCAGAGAUGUCUACUAAAAAUAGUAAUUCUUUUAUUACUUACCGAGAGUUGAAGCUUAGAGCUUAACUUGUGGUGAGUUGAAGCGAUUUAUGUAAUUGAGUGGAUGUCAGAAAAUUAAUUUAUAGGAUACUAAAUAAUCUUUUAAUUACUCAGCUUUUCCGAGUUUGGCAGCAAGAAUGAUGGUAAAGGAGACACCUGAUUUUGGUGCCAAGAAAGGAGUGAGAUUUCCAAGUAAUGGGGAAAUUGAGAUUGGGAAAAAUUGAGUUGUGCCACGGCCCUGUUUUUAUGGGCGGAUGCCCAUAAAAACCGUCAGCCAAUCACAGCAUUUGGAACCCCAUUUCCCUGUACUGAAACAAUAACCAUAUCUUCAUCCUUCUUUAAGUGAUCUGUAUUCGCUGGUCCCCACCCAGUACUAAUGAACGGAGAGAGAUAUGAUGUCACUCCUUCUCAUGAUGCGGACUGUGCGGCUUACACUAGGCUUGACGUUUAAGGGGAGGAAUAUUUGGAGGGGGCUCUGUUGGCCUGAAUAGCCACACUAUUCUCGCGAAGUAACGAUGCUGAGAUAGCAUGUGUUAUUCUUGGGACGGGGGGGAAACGGGUGGGGAACCCCGUGUACUCGUUGGACAGUGAAAGGGUUGAGAUCGAACAGCUGGUCUACCACAUGUGGGGAACGACUUUCCAAGUCAUAGUGAGAGGUGGAUUUGGCAAAAAUUGUAAUGCCCCUGCCGGGUUUCGACUACCGGACUUCCCGAUUACAUGUCAGGCGUGCUUACCAUUACACUACGAAGGCAUUGGCAAUUCCUACCCACAAUCCACCUUCUCUCUAUCCCACUUCGUAUUUAUUCUCUCCCAAGUCGUUCUUUCGUCGAAGAACGACUGGCUCGAGCUGUAUCAAAUCUGCCCCGUAAUUUUUAAAAUUUCUGAAAUUCGGCCUGAAAUUUCCCUGCCAACGGAUCUCCUCCAGUUGGAAAAGUGAGGAAAAAUUGUAAAAAUUUCAGUGCCUCGCAACUUUUCAGGCGAACAGUCGUGUUUUCUGUCCCAGUCUUGACUUUCUUGCUCCUUGACCUCUCCUGUUCUCUGCUCGAAUUGGCCAGCUUCGUCCUUGCUCCUUGUCCUCCCCACCCCGGACGACGACCACGACACUGUCUCGACCUGAAAGGGAAACGUCAAAGAAGAUGAAAAUCUCGUCAAAACUGUUCCUCGUCGUCGUCGCCGUCGUGAUGAUUUUGGAGCGCGUCCCUUCGGCGAAAGGAUUGCACAAUAGGAUUGCACGAUAGGACUGCUACAUUUGUCAGGGACCGAACGCGAAGGCUGCUACGGAGCAGAGGUCGACGCCGCCGAUCUGACGCCGCCGCGCCGCCAUACGCCGAUGAUUUUUCCGCGCCGCCGCCGCCGAAAAAUUUGAUUUCCUAUUCCUUUAAAAUUGCGACGCCGCGCCGCGCCGCCGACGCCGCCGAAAAAUCACCAAAAACUGGCGCCGCCGCCGCCGAAAAUUUGUCGGCGUCGACCUCUGCUACGGAGGGAUCGAAUGCCAGGAUGUUUAGUUUUUUGGACGAUUCUUAUGAAGCGAAGGUUAAACGUUCCGUGGCUUGUAAGGACUUCACCGCUGCGAGCAAAGAGGGCGAAAGAAACAAGGCGAAAUGUCCAUACAGCCCUAAACUUCAAGCUUGUGCAACCCACAAGACAAUUGGCAGCAUGUGUGCCACUAUAGAAAGUGAGGGCCUCAUGAAGAUGAAUUCCUGCAAAGAUGACCUCUGCAUUUGCGACACGGACUAUUGCAACAAGGGCAACAACAUGAAUGAUGCUUCCAAACUCGUCGUCGUCACCCUGCUCGGCGUCGGCUACCUCGUCCGAGGCUACUUUGGCAGCGAGGGAGGCUUCUGAAUCAAGCCGGCAAGCUCAACUUAAAAUCUAAGCGAUUCGGUUAAAUCGGGGGAAAAUUCUUAUUCGUAAAUGUUUAAAGAUACGAUUUAUUUACUUUUGGAAACGAUGCAAAAUUUAUAAUUGUGUACAAAUUUGUAAUAUAAUUGGAUCAAUGGGGAGAAAAAUGAUUGGGAAUAAAUUGUAGCCUCUUUUAUAAAUUA